AUGCUGCGUUGCUGUACUAACGUCGCAGAGGCUCGAGUGUGGUUGCACAUGCUUGGAACAAGGAAUAUAUCAGUUGAAAAUGAGUCCUACGACCACCUUAUGGUUUUACACGCCAGGGAAGGUGAGUGGCAGAGGGCGUUGCCUUUACUUGACGCUCUUAUCAUCGAUCAACGACGCCGGCGUCUUUAUAUUCCCUCCGCCAAGCCACAUAACACGGUGCAAUAUGCCUUGGAGCGAGCUCCCCCGCCAGGACCAUCGUGGGACCUGUCACUGACGCUUUUCACACGUAUGUGCGAGUUGCAUGUGCCGAUUUCAGCGGUGACAUUUCAGUCCAUUGUAAUGAUGUGCUUUGCGCAGGGUAGGACCGAAUAG